GUGACCUAAUUACAUGUCCGUACUAGUUUAAAGCCCUUCUACUGAGAAAUAGGGCGUGCUUCAGUUUGUGUAUGGAACAAGUGGGUAUUGUAAAAGCUUUUCCAAAAGUAAAGCGGUUAAGAGAGAAUCCGGACACACCGCAGGAUAGGAAAAAAAUAAAGAGUGAUGUUCAAGGAACGUUUUUUGAAGGAGUCCACAUAUACAUUUUACAGGCUGGAAUUGGCCAAGCCAGAACAGAAAUAUUUAAAAAACAGAUUAUUCAAAAUGGAGGCCAGGUUUCUACAACAUUUUGCACUGAAGUAACGCACAUUAUAGUGGAUGAAGGAAUGACCUGCGAUCGUGCUUUCCGGGUAAUGAAGCUGGAACAUCUUCCUUCUGGGGUGCAUCUGGUCAAGUCUUCGUGGCUGAGCAUGUGUAUUAAAGAUCAAAAGAUUGUCCCCACCGCUGGUUACAGCAUUUUCAUCCCAGAUAGGUACCUGGAUAUGAAGGACCGGCCAAAUAAAGAAGAAAGGCCCAAGGAUGUUGGGAAUUACAGGAAACUAAAUGAUGAAGAGGCACAAGUCACAAAUGCUCAGCCCAUUGCCGGCAUCUCACAAACCCAACACGCGUCUGAUCACUCAAAACCAAAUGAUGACAGAAUCUUAAAACAGUCUUCAUAUGAUGAUGAAAGUGAUACAGAGGAAUCCAGGGUUACUGAAGGAGAUCUAAAUGCACUUUUAUUAGGGGAACAUCCUGCAUCCUCCAUAGACAAUGAUAUGGCCAGUAAAGGAACAACUACUGUUGCUGGGAAGUGGGUUUGUGCUCAUUCAUCUGAGAGCAAGAAGGAGAAUCACAACCAGUUCAUUACAGACAAGCUAGAAGUUCUAGCCAAGGCAUAUUCUGUUCAAGGAGACAGGUGGAGGUCUCUGGGCUACUCAAAAGCAAUCAAUGCACUGAAAAGCUACCAUAAACCAAUCACUUCUGCACAGGAAGCUUCUAAUAUCCCAGGAAUCGGUAAGAAAAUGGCUGAAAAGAUUGAAGAAAUCUUGGAUAGCGGGCACUUGCGCAAACUCGACCACAUCAGUGACAGCGUGGCGGUCCUUGAGAUCUUCUCAAACAUAUGGGGAGCUGGAGUAAAGACUGCACAGAGCUGGUAUCAACAGGGCUUUCGAAGUUUAGAUGACAUCCGCACUAAAGCAAACCUGACCCACCAACAGACAAUCGGAUUGAAAUAUUAUGAUGAUUUCUUAGAUCGCAUGCCCAGAGAGGAGGCUGGAAGAAUAGAACAAACUGUAAGGGAAGAGGCUCACAAAAUAAACCCUGAUCUGAUGUCCGUGGCAUGCGGCUCAUAUCGAAGAAAAAAACAAACCUGUGGCGAUGUAGAUGUUUUAAUUACACACCCUGACGGUAAAUCCCAUAAGGGUGUAUUUAGCAAACUUAUCGAUGGUCUUAAAGAGCGAGGGUUUCUGACAGAUGAUUUGGUGAGCCAAGAGGAUAACGGAAGCCAGAAGAAAUAUAUGGGGGUGUGCUGUCUCCCAGGAGAAGGGCAGAAGCACAGAAGACUAGAUGUUAUAAUUGUGCCUUACAGAGAAUUUGCUUGUGCACUCAUGUACUUUACAGGUUCAGCACACUUUAACCGGUCCAUGCGGGCUCUGGCAAAAACCAAAGGCAUGAGCUUAUCCGAACACUCCCUAAACAAGGAUGUAGUGCGGAACGGGGCGGUAAAGGUCAGUGCAGGGUGUCCUCUAGAAACCCCAACGGAAAAAGAGAUUUUUAAGAUACUUGGGCUUCCCUUUAGAGAACCGCAUGAAAGAGACUGGUAAAUUUGGAAUUUACCAUAAUAUCUGUGUUUUUAAAUUAUGCCAAAAUACCUAUUUUUAAACUGCCUUGUAGAAAUGAAUUGGAAUUUAGCGACCUGCAGUAAAUCCUCAUGUAUUUUAUACGAUUUCAGUUUGCAUGAUUAGAAGGCAGUUUACGCAUUAUCUGUAGUGGUUCUUUAAUCUCAUAAUUCAGUUACUUACUGCUGUAUUGAUUUUUCUAUCUAGGAAUCAUACAAGAGGCAUCAGGACAGCCUAGUAAAUACAAUCAGAAAGCUACUACAUUAUCAGGACUUUAUCUGCUUUUAAUGGUGACAUUGUAACUAUAUUUAUCUAAUGUCUUCAUACUUAAAGGGACAUGAAACCCAACAUUUUUCUUUCAUGAUUCAGAUAGAAUAUACUAUUUUAAACAACUUUCCAAUUUAUUUCUAUUAUCAAUUUUGCUUUAUUCUCUUGGUAUCCUUCAUUGAAGGAGCAGCUAUGCACUACUGGGAGCUAGCUGAACACAUUGGUAAGCCAUUGAUAAGAGGUAUAUAUGUGCAGCCACAAAUCAGCAGCUAGAGCCCACCUCCUAAGCCUACCUAGGUGUCCUUUUCAACAAAGGAUACCAUGAGAACAAAGCAAAUUAGAUAAUAGAAGUAAAUUGGAAAGUUCUUUAAAAUUGUAUGCUGUAUCUGAAUCAUGAAAUAUUUUUUUGGGGUUUUAUGUCCUUUUAAUAGGUCCAUAGAAUGUGGAUGAUAAGUUGAAGACAUAAAUUUACGAAGGACUAAUUUAUUUACUGCAUUGUAAUUGGUAAAUACUGUGUGAAAUGACUUGCUAUAAUCGAAAGCAGAGAAAUUAACAUCAGUCUUUCUGUAACUUGACAUCAUAAAGGGACAGGCUGCACCAGAAUUUUUAUUGUUUUAAUAGUUAGAUAAUCCCUUUAUUACCUAUUGCCUAGUUUUGUAUAACUAACACAUGUAUAAUAAUAUACUUUUAACCUCUGUGAUUAUCUUGUAUCUAAGCCUCUGCAAACUGCCCCCUUAUUUCAGUUCUUUUGACAGAUUUGCAUUCUAGCUAAUCAGUGCUGGCUCCUAGCUAACUCCACGUGCAUGAGCACAAUGUUAACUAUAUGACACACAUGAAAUAAUGUCAUCUAGUGGUGAAAAACUGUCAAAAUGCAUCCAGAUAAGAGGCGGCCUUCAAGGUCUAAGAAAUUAGCAUAUGAGCCUGCCUAGAUUUAGCUUUCAACUAAGAAUACCAAGAGAACAAAGCACAAUUGGUAAUAAAAGUAAAAAAGUUGUUUAUAAUGACAUGCCCUAUCUGAAUCAUGAAAGUUUAUUUUGGACUUGACUGUCCCUUUAAAGGGCAUAGGAAACUGAAACUGACUGUCUUUCAUUUGAAAGUGCAGCUUUUAAGCAAUAUAUUAUGCAGUUGCAUUGUGUCCAUCCUGUAUGAAAUGAACAAUAUUAUUUUGCUUAAUGCUUUCACUGUAUGGAAGAAGCAACCUCUUUAUAGUAAGACAGAAAACCACACCAUGUAUUUAAAUUUACGCUUGUCGUAUUAGCUUUCGGAUCUCUACUUUUUAUGAAAAAGAAAUUAUCUUGUAAUGCUCUGAUUUAUCUUUAUUGUUAAACGGAUAGAAAUGUCAAAAUUGAAAUAUUCAUAAAUUAGGGUUGCCACCUGUCAGGGAAUGACCCAGACAGUUUGGGUUUUCAUUUCUGUGUUCGGGUUUGAAGCUGAGUCAGACCAGGACAUGCAAAUGUCCGAGUUUGGUGGGAAAAAGCUACAGCCAAAAAUGUGACAUUAUGUAUUUGCAAUAUACUGCACAUACCUACAGUUAUUUCUCUCUUGCGUGUGUGUCUGUCUUUGUGUUUGUCAUUGUCUGUCUGUGUGUGUGCAAGAGCGUGUGUGAGAGAGUGUGUGUCUGUGUUUGUCAUUGUCUGUCUGUUUGUGUGUGUGUGCAAGAGCGUGUGUGUGUCUGUGUUUGUCAUUGUCUGUCUGUGUGUGUGCAAGAGCGUGUGUGAGAGAGUGUGUGUCUGUGUUUGUCAUUGUCUUUCUGUGUGUGUGUGUGUGUCUUUGUGUUUGUCAUUGUCUGUGUGUGUGCAAGAGCACGUGUGAGAGUGUGUGUCUGUUUGUCAUUGUCUUUCUGUGUGUGUGUGUGCAAGAGCGUGUGUGUCUGUGUUUGUCAUUGUCUUUCUUUGUGUGUGUGUGAGAGAGAGAGAGUGUGUGUGUCUGUGUUUGUCAUUGUCUUUCUGUGUGUGUGUGUGUGUGCAAGAGGGUGUGUGAGAGAGUGUGUGUGUCUGUGUUUGUCAUUGUCUGUCUGUGUGUGUGCAAGAGCGUGUGUGAGAGAGUGUGUGUCUGUGUUUGUCAUUGUCUUUCUGUGUGCGUGAGAGAGAGAGAGUGUGUGUCUUUGUGUUUGUCAUUGUCUUUCUGUGUGUGUGUGUGUGUGAGAGAGAGAGAGUGAGUGUGUGUGUCUUUGUGUUUGUCAUUGUCUUUCUGUGUGUGUGUGUGAGAGAGAGUGUGUGUGUGUCUUUGUGUUUGUCAUUGUCUUUCUGUGUGUGUGUGUGUGUGUGUGUGUGUGCAAGAGCGUGUGUGUGUCUGUGUUUGUCAUUGUCUUUCUGUGUGUGUGUGUGUGUGUGUGUGUGUGUGAGAGAGAGAGAGUGUGUGUCUUUUUGUUUGUCAUUGUCUUUCUGUGUGUGUGUGUGUCUGUGUUUGUCAUUGUCUUUCUGUGUGUGUGUGUGUGUGUGUGUGUGCAAGAGCGUGUGUGAGAGAGUCUGUUUGUCUUUGUGUUUGUCAUUGUUUUUCUGUGUGUGUGUGCAAGAGAGAGUGUGUGUGUGUUUGGCAUUGUUUUUGUGUGUGUGUGUGUGUGUAAGAGCGUGUGUGAGAGAGUCUGUUUGUCUUUGUGUUUGUCAUUGUCUUUCUGUGUUUGUGAGUCUGUGUGUGAAAGAGUGAGUGUAUGUGUGUGUGCGUUAGUGUGUGAGAAACGUUAGUAUCUUUGUGUCAGUGUGAGAGUGUGAAUAUCUAUGUGGGAGUUUGUGUUUCUUUGCUAUUAUACAAUACAUAGUGUGUACUCUGCAAAAAUACUUCCAUUAACUAAAAUGCUUCUUGUAAAAGUUAAGGUUUUCUGUGGCAUACGCACAUAUCAUGCGAGGGCCGUGCAGCAUUAUUCAAGCUCAGAGAGCUGCAAAUGGUGCUUAUUGCUUCUGCGAAGACUUAAUUUGUGUCAUACCAUCCACCGCUGACUCUCUGAGAAAGUGUAGUGUUUGAAUACUGGAGGCCCUCACAGCAUAUGUGCGUAUGCCACAGAAAAACAGUAAUAACCUUUACUAGAAAUAUUUUUCUAAAGGAAGUAUAUUGCAAAAAUGCGUCUAUUUCCUCAGUUUUGUCCUUCCUAUCCCUUUUAAACUAAUGCUUGUUGCAAGCUCUCUGUUUAACUCCUGUAAGGCAUUUACACCCUGAGUUAAAUGUGAACCAGACGACCACCUGUUCCAUUUUAGUAGGACACUGCCAGUGAUUGGCGGCUACAUGUGUAUUCUGUUUCUGAUUGGCUUGUCAGUAAUGUUUAAAAGUGCAUAUACAGCGCCAACAUCCAAACAGAUACAAGCUCCCAAAGUGAGACCCCCUAAAAACUAAAAAAAAAAAGAA